AAUAUAAAAAGUAAUACUCCUAUUGAACUACUAAUUCAUCUGUCGGCAAACAUAGAGAAUGGAGAAACAGUUUAAUUCUCAGGAAAAUGAAGAGAAUAGAAUCGCGAAGAUCGACAAACAGAUCUUCAUCUUAUCGGGUCAAAGCAACAUGGCGGGACGAGGAGUGAAUUCCCACAAAAAAAUUGACGGAAUUCUCCCACCAGAAUGUCAACCCGAUCCUAAAAUCUUGAGAUUAGAUGCCCACCUGAGAUGGGUUGAAGCUCAUGAACCUCUCCAUGCCGAUAUCGACAACAAGAAUACGUGUGGGAUUGGACCGGGCAUGCCAUUUACCAAAGCGGUCCGAUCCCAGGAUCCUAGUAUUGAUGUGGUGGGUUUGGUUUCUUGUGCUGUUGGUGGAACCGCCAUUAAAGAGUGGGAGAAAGGUGCUCAUCUAUAUGAAAACAUGGUGAAGAGAGCUAAAGCAUCAAUCAGAUGCGGUGGAGAGAUCAAAGUCAUUCUUUGGUACCAAGGUGAGAGUGAUACAUCAACUCAACACGACGCCGACACAUAUAAGGCCAAUAUGGAGAGAUUCAUCCACAACGUCCGUUCCGAUCUUUGUUUGCCUACGCUCCCAAUUAUUCAGGUUGCAAUAAUAUCAGGGGAUAAGGCAUGGCUAGAGAAAGUGAGAGAAUCGCAAUUGGGAAUUGACAUGCCAAAUGUCGUUUGUGUGGAUGCUAAAGGGUUGGAAUUGAAAGAAGAUGAUCUCCAUCUGACGACCGAGGCCCAGGUGAAACUUGGAAGCAUGUUGGCUGAUGCCUAUCUCAAGAACUUUGUAUCAUCAUCUCCUUGUUGAAUUCCAAAUUUCGUUACCACAUGGUAGUACCAAAUUUCUGUAACGUUUGUUUUUUUUGAGUUGGGUUUGAAAUUUCGGAUAUUCGAAUAAGUAAAAAGCAUUUUAGUUAAUGCGUCAUGUACUGUUUACGGUGUAUCGUUUGUUACAUUUUGGUGAUGACAGUUCCUAGAGAGUGUCAAGAGGUAUGCACAUUUCUAUAUUCAGCUUAAUGGUCCCUAAUA